AUGACCAACACUAAUACUCCAGUGGCGAACGCCCCGGCGGCUUCUGGCAAGCAAGGCGGACCUUCGACAUCGACCUCGCCGGGGGUGCUGAGGACAGGGACCCUCUACGUCCGGGAGCGCAACGCCUUUGGUGGGAGGGUGUGGAAGUCAAAAGGCGUAGUCCUCAACGAGGCCGCCUUGGUUAUACACCAGCCUUCGUCGAAUCGUCAGACGAGGAUACUCUUGAGCUCUAUUACUGAGCUUGAGAGGACCGACUUGAUGCCUCACUCGCUGAGUAUCAAGUGCGGUACCAAAACUUAUCACCUCGCUUUCGACAGUGAUGUCGACCUCUAUGACUGGCGCGACGACAUGUACAGUCGCUGUCCGCUGGGAGCUCAGACCACCAACCCCUUCAACUUUAAACACACCGCACACAUUGGCUCGAGCGGCGCGACGGGCACCUUCACAGAACCUUCCACUCUACCUUUAUACGAAGAAAUGAUGGGCCGGUCUAUCCCAGUGACAGCACCACCACCUCCAGCAGCUUCCCGCUCACGAUCCACACCCACCUCUCGACGACGCUCGAAUCCCCUUGACGGCACUUAUGUUCUCACCAACAACAACAAUGUCAACAUUGAAGGUGUCUUCUUCAUCAAGCAGACCGGCAUGUUUGCGGGCUGGUAUUGGAAGGAACGGUGGCUGUCUCUGAAAGGGAACGCCCUGACAGUUCAUACAAGGAAAACAAAGGCGUCUCCACCUGCGAAAGAGAUUCCCCUGUCGACUAUCAAGAGUGUCGACCCAGACCCCAAGCGAUCCAAUUGUCUCAUCGUAACGACAACGACUCGUGAAACAUGCAUCAACAUCCUGUUCAACACUGAUAACGAGUUGUACGCUUUCCGUGAGGCAAUCUACCUCCGCAGCGGUCUCUCUGCCGUCAUUAGCACGCCGACGAAUUUGGUGCAUGCUAUGCAUGUUACGUUCGACGAAGCAACCGGGGAGUUCAAGGGUUUACCCGAUCAGUGGAAGACACUCCUAUAUCCCGCCCAUUCGGCCCACAUCGUCAACUUACCAAUCCAACCGACCAACACGACCGGUAACAAGGAUGGGAGUGGCCGAUCUUCUCGACGACGUUCGCAACCGCGGGCUGCAGACUUGAUCGCCCCCUCUACUUCAAAAACGGCGGCAUCGCCAUCGUCAACUCCGGUCACCCGAGUCCCAGCGCCUAGUACGAGUGCGGAUACGGAGGAGGGAUCUCCUUUGGGCGUUGCUUCGACACCGCAUUCGCAGUUCCUCGCUGGGACGAGUGCGGAUACGGAGGGUACCUUGGUCAGCGUCUCGCCUCAAGCACCUCCAUUGAUGUCUGUGGUCCAGACCAGUGUACAGGGGUCUGGGAAGUAA